AUGUUGAAGAUUAAUUGCCAGGUUGUUACCGAAUCUGUUCGGCAACUAUCGGCGAAAUUGGUGUCAAAUGAUGUCGAUACGCUUCAAGCGGAUCAGAAGUUGGAAAUCGUCGUUUUUGACUGGGCUCUAGGCGACAGGUGGAUACAAUGUGAUCUCAGGAAUUUGGGAUUUUGUGGAGUUUCUCAAUCUAUCUUGAAGCAGUUGCCAUCUUGCCCCAACUGGUAUUGCUGCAAAGGUCAAGCAAUAUUGACAACUGCUUAUCGAGCUUUACAUAUCCUCAACUGGGUUUAUCGUUUCUUCACGGAGAACAAAAUCAGAUGGAUAUUUAAGUUUUCUUUGUGCUUCCGCUUGUGGAGAUCAUUACUUACGAGCACGUCUGUCAAAAUGCUGAAAACAGCUUGGGUUUCAGGCCUGAUUCAGACUGCCCUCUAUGCUGACUUUUUCUACUACUAUUUUAGAAGCUGGGAGAACCGCAAGAAGCUGAAGCAGCCUGCCUGUGUUGAUCAAGUCUUAUUUCAUUAAAUGUUAAGAGGCAUAUAAUAUUUAGUGAUGCUAGCGUUAGUCUCUUAAGGCUGAUUGAGAUAAUGCAAAGGGGCUAUGCUUUACCCAAAAUUACAAAACUUGCUAUUCAACAUAAUCACUUGAUAUCAGAUUUUGAUUUUGUACUUUUUCAUCUCUAUUUCAGUGUGUUUCAAUGGCUUUUACAA